AUGAUGCAGAACGACACGACAUGUUUAGUUCAUUGCAGUGCCGGUGUUGGAAGGACAGUCUAUGAAACAAAAUUGAAUAAAACAUCGGUAACAACAGAUGAUUCUGAAAGACGAACAGCAACCCUGAAUCUCGAUUUUUCAAAAUACCUUAAAAAGUAUGACAUUCGAUUUAAAAUGGGUCAUCAAGGAUUUUGGGGUUUUGGUGCUAAAACAAAAGUAAAUGUUUAUAUCAAAGUUUUUGAUAAAAACGGACGUUUCUCACAAGAUAUUCAAUUGUAUAAAUCAAAAUUACAUCACCGUCCGUUUAUUUCAAAUCAAAUUGACCAGUUUGAAGUGGGUAGUACAGCAAAGUUAGGACCCAUUUCUAAAAUAGAGUUAUGGCAUGAUGGCAAAGAUCGUGAACGUUUGCACUGUCAUACAAUCGAACUGACCGAUCAAGAUAAUGGAAAAAUAUAUUGUUUUCAAAUAAAACAGUGGCUGGAAGAAAAUACUCGUUUAGAAUUAAUAGAUUAUGACAAUAAACGAUGUAUCGAUGUAGAUAUGGAACAUCAUAAAUCACCAGAACGACAGAGUGUCAUACAACGAGAUCAAUACGAGAAGGAUGAGCAAAGUUUGGCGUUCAGUACACAAAAAAUGCAAACAGAAUUGCAACAGGACACAAACACAUAUUCGGAUGUAUCAACAACGACAUCUAACAAUGAAACAAAUCAAAAUUUGUUUAAAAUUAGAACAAGAGUUGGACAUAAGGGAUUUCUACGAUUGGGUGCUGGAGGUACGAGUGCCCUUGUUUCUGUCCGUUUACACGAUGGUAGCAAUAUUUCGGAUUAUGUCAUAUUGAAUGAGUCGUUGACUCAUAAUAGUCCGUUUGAGGCUGGUCAUACCGAAUUUAUCAUUGAUGAAUCGUGUGAAGAAAAUGAAUAUCGUGAACAUCAUAUGAAAGAUAUGUAUAAAACUGAAUAUGAAGUAAGAACAAAAACGGGUACGACUGAUGUUGACAAUGAUCCGUCACACACUAUAAAUGUUUAUGUAAAAUUAUUCGAUGCUAAAAAACAUACGGAAGACAUGUUAUUACAAAAUUCAAAACAUCAUACACAACCAUUUAAACAGGGAAAAAUUGAUAAAUUUGAUGUAGGAAGUAUUCAAACAAUGGGUGAUAGUAUUGAUAAAGUUGAACUGUGGCAUGAUAAACCUGAUUUUAACUGGUUUUGUGAUUGGAUUGAAAUCAAAAAUAAACGAACGGGAAAAGUAAAAUGUUUUGGUGUUAAUCGUCUUUUAUCCAAACAUUUACCAGAUGGUUUAUCAAAAGUGAUAUUAACAGAUCAUUCUCAUUUUCCAUGCGAUAAAACUCGACAUGGAUUACAUGAUUUAACAAAAAAUGAUGCUGUAGAAGAUCAAAUGCACUCACAGAGACAAUCAUCAAAGUUACAUACAAAUAUUUUACCUAUAUCCAAUGCGUCACCAGAUCCAAAAAAUUUUCUUAAAAAAUAUACUGUAAAAACAAAAACUGGUUCAAAAACUAUGUCUCCAACUGAUGUCAAUGUUUUUCUUUGCAUCUAUGACAUGAAUAAGAAACAAAGUGAAAUUAUCCAACUUUACCAAACAGUAACCAAUAAAAUUCCAUUUCAAAAAGAUGAAUUAGAUGAAUUUCAUGUUGGUUCUAUUCAUGAUCUCAAAGAUAUAUCCGCUAUUGACCUUUGGCAUAAUGGGAAGAAAAAUCUGGGCUGGUACGUUGAGUUUAUUGAAAUAAAAGAUGUUGAAACGGAAAAACUAUAUUGUUUUCCGGUUGGAAAGUGGUUAGAUUUGAAUCCAAAUGACCAUAGCACAAGCGUUCAUUUAACAGAAUAUAAGUCAGAGCCAUGUGUUGGAAAAUUGCAUGAUCCAGAAGUGAAACAACUGAGAACAAGUAGUCUUACGGAUACGUUCUAUUCAGAUGAGAAGCCAAUUCAGUCCAAAUUUCAAGUGAGAACAAAAAAGGGUAUCAAAGGAUUGUUCGAUGGUGCACACACUGAUGCUAAUGUGUACUUGAAAUUGUAUGAUGGAGCAAUUGAAUCGGAAUCAAUUAAAUUAGAGAAAUUAAAGAAUCGCAAGAGUAAAUUUGAACACAAUCAAACAGACAUAUUUGAUGUUGAAUCACUGACAAAACUUAAUCAUGUUGAUAGGGUAGAUAUUUAUCAUGAUGGUGACCAACAAGAUGGAUUGUUUGUUGAUUCUCUAGAAAUCAAAAAUAAGAGAACAGGUGAACUACGCUGUUUUUCAAUUAGAAAACAUUUGGACAAACAUGACGCUGGUCAACGAACAUAUGCGAGUUUGACAGAAUAUCAUCGUAUCACAUGUGACAAUAUGAAAAAACAAACAGCCAAAGAUUUAGUGAAAACCGACGUACACAAAACAGCCAGAGAAUCAUUACGUCGAUCAGCGGUGAUGUCUGAGUUGAAAACCACGUAUCACCUACAAACCAAGACGGGCAAAAAAGGCAUGCUUGGACUAUCACAUACCGGAACAAGUAAACCCUACAAACUAUUCUACUCCAUCAUCAUU